AUGCCAACAGAAAUAACAAAGCAAUCUCGCUGGGGCCAUAGCGAGACGGCUUAUCUUGCAAGUAUCAUUAUGCACACAGUUGAUGGGCAAGAGGAGAGACUAAGAAUUAAGUCAGUUAUUUUUCAAAUGACAAUUGAACAAGCGAAACAUCACAUUGGUGGUGUCGCGUUUGCGCAGGACCCAUGGCCUAUCAGAACUUAUACCAUUGAAACCAUCAGGCAACGGCGGAGACGCAUUUUCAAGGCACGCAAAGCAGCUGAUCGUCCUGGUGUCGAAAGACCCGCUCAGAAACCCGCUCAGAAACCCGCUCAGAAACCAGCUAGGAAACCAGCUCAGAAAUUACAGCCGCAAAUCGAACGAUUUAUCGUACCUUCUGGUGACUCAAUAGCAUCUCAUGACUUUAACAUAGAAAUGCCUGUAGAAUGGCAACAAGAAAUCGAAGAAAUGAUGGCUCCCUUGAAACAGAUAUGGGCUGAAGAGGACCGCGCUAAAGCCUCCGAAUACCAAGCAGCAGUAAUGGCCGCAGACCAAGUUCUAGGAGCUGACUUCUGGACUCAGUACGAGGAAGGUGUUGAUAUGGAGUGA